UCCGCUACAUACUGCAAUACGCCCCGACGUCCCCGCUACAUACUACAGUACACCCUUACGUCUCCUCUAGACACUAGAAUACACCCAGUCUCACGAAAUUCGCCCGGUCUUGUGUCGAGCAACGCACCACACGUGAGCAGCCUCUCGCUCCUCGGCGCGCUCCUGCUGCUGCACUACCUGAACCGCGCGCUCAUCUCGCCCCUCCGCACGCCCUCGCGCUCCAAGUCGCACAUUAUCGUGCCGCUUUCCGCACUCGCUUUCAACCUCACGAAUGGCAGCCUCCUCGGCGCAUACUUCUCCUCGCCCGCCGCGCAGGCGUACCUCGCUAACGCCUUCGCGCGCCCCUCGUUCUGGGUGGGCCUCGCCCUCUGGGCCGCGGGCCUCGCGGGGAACAUCCUCCACGACGAGGUUCUCCUCAACAUCCGGCGCACCGCGAAGGCGAAGGGCAAGGGCCGCGCGUCGCCGCCGCCCGCGGGCAAGGGGCAGAAGCAGAGCAAGCAGGAGCACUACGCCAUCCCGCACGGCUACCUCUACCGCUUCAUCUCCUACCCGAACUACUUCUGCGAAUGGUGCGAGUGGCUUGGGUUCGCUAUCGCCGCCGCGCCCCUACCGUCGUUUGUGUCGGGCGCGGACUUCCUCGCGACGGUCGCCCCGCCGUGGCUGUUCUUCAUGUCCGAGAUAUUCCUGAUGCUUCCGCGCGCGUGGCAGGGGCAUAGGUGGUACCGUGCCCGCUUCCCGGACUACCCGAAGGAGCGUAAGGUGGUCAUUCCGUUCUUGUUCUGAGUUUUGUGCGGCGUUGAGUCGAGGAAACAGCUACUGUACAGACUCGGACGUUGGGUAUCACUUUGUUGUCGUUGCUAUCGAAUUUGUUUGUUCUGGAUACAAGGGACCACGAGUCCCACUGAACUAGAUG